AUGGCGUCCCGCAUAUCUUCACUCAGAUCACCCACAGUCGUGCUGUUAGCUGCGGCGACGCUUGCAAAGGCAGCUCAGAUCUCCAACCUAUCAUUUGCACCAGAAGACACCAUCACUCGCGAUGUCUGCAUCAUCGGCGGCGGGUCUACAGGGACAUACGCGGCAAUUCGCCUAAAAGACCAAGGAAAGUCCGUCGUGGUAGUCGAAAACAGCGACUAUCUCGGCGGCCAUACGGAGACAUACUACCUUGGGAAUGGCCAGCACUUCGACUACGGCGUCGAGGGCGUGAUCAACGACGAACUAUCGCGGAACUACUUCACACGACUCGGGGUCGACUGGCGAACACUGCUCCCAGACACCUUAAUCACGGAAAAUGUCAACUUCCAGACCGGCAUGCGGGUCCCUCCUCCGAACGGCACUCUGACGGGGGCGCUUUUAUACCGCAGCGUGAUCGAAAAGUACGACUACCUUCGCGAUGGAACGCUGAAUCUCCCAGAUCCAGUUCCCGAGGAACUGUGGCGUCCAUUCGGCGAGUUCGUGAGCAAGCACCGGCUUGAAGGGGCGUUGGGUAUAAUUUUCACUUUCAGUCAAGAGGUAGGAAAUCUGCUGGACGUGCCGACUGUAUACGUGCUGCAAAGCUUCGGGGUCCCGCAGGUUGAUGCCCUGCUACGAGGAUUCAUGACCCCUAGGAACGGGGGUAUGGAUCUAUAUCGCAAGGCUGCCGAGGUGCUUGGUCAAGACGUUCUCUUCAACAGCACCGUCUCUCAGACCGAACGAUCACUCAGCUCAGUGCAGGCCGUCGUGCAAGGAGCCAACGGGACCUCGAAAUUGAUCCAGGCACAGAAGCUUCUCAUCACCAUUCCGCCCAAAGUCGACCAUGUCCAACCCUUCGACCUGGACGACACCGAACUCGAGAUCUUCCAAAAAUGGAAAUGGAACAGCUACUUCGUCGCCGUGCUGAACAACACCGGCAUCCCCGACGCCGUCACCGUAAUCAACACGCACCCCGAGAACGGACCCGGAAGUCUACCUCGGACACCGUUCGCCUGGCGCCUUCGUUAUCCAGGCGUUCGCGGAUACGUCACCAGCGAGAUAAUUGCCGACGAGAACUUCACCGCGCGAGACGCCAUCGAGCUCAUCCAGUCUGAUCUCCGCCGCAUGAAAGACGCCGGAACAUACAACGUGACGGCGCCGGAGUUGGUUCUGCUAGCGAACCACUCGCCCGCGUCGCCUAUGGUAUCAGCGGAGGAUAUCCAGGCGGGUUUCUAUCACCAGCUCUAUGCUUUGCAAGGGCGACGGAAUACAUUCUAUACCGGGCGGAGCUUUUGUGCGGACCAUUCGUCCCUCUUGUGGGCGUAUACGGAUACCGUAAUUGCGACGAUGUUUCCUUAGCGACUUGUUGAAUUUGGGCUGCUGUUUAUUCAGUGGCAUUUUCUGGUUAAGUCGUGAAUUUUCUGUAAGCCAUGGUAUUUUCAUAUUUGGGAUUUGUGUGGGCUUAUUGCAAUGCAUGUUUAGCUUGGUAGUCAUGCAAGAUUGAACAAACUAGUGGUUAGGCAACACGUAAUCAGCCCUGUGGGACAGGAUGCAUUGGCAACAACUCAACUAAGGCCAUGUGGAUCCAUAACGUACAAUCCAAUGCUUGCUGGUUUAGAGUCAGGCCGAUGGAUGAAGCAAUUACGGUCAGGAUUCGGACAAAACGCGCAUCUCCGAUCCAGCCUCUGGGCCACGUGAUUGGC